AUGCACGAUGAGCUGGAUGACUGCACGGGACCACCAGGUCCAGCUGGACCACCCGGACCUCCUGGACCACCAGGAGAGCCAGGAGAAGACGGGCUUCCAGGACCACCCGGUCCAAAAGGUCCUCGUGGACCUGAUGGUGAUCGCGGACCAAUGGGAAGUCCUGGUAAGCCAGGCCCACCCGGAUCAUCUGGACCACCCGGCGAACGCGGCAUUUGUCCGAAAAAAAAUAAUACAUUUGAUGUCUAUCGUUGCAUACGUUGCCAGUCGCAAGGGAGCUAUGUCAAGAUCAAGGUUGUCGGCAACGAAUUCCAAGAAAAUCCCUGCAGUAUUGGGCAUAUCUGUCCUUCCCAAACGGUUGCAUUUGACGCCAACAUCAGGAAGUUCUACGAGGAAAUGCAGUCCAUACGAGGCGACUCGAACUCCUCAGGAAUGAGAGUUAAGCAAAUUUGGUAUAAAGGUCUCCGCGAAAGGGAAGAAUCGCGAACGGAAUCAGACGAAGCAGUGCAUGACGGGGUCGUGAGUGAGUACUAUGGAAUUGGGUUUGAAAUGCGCAAAAGGCAGAUAGCCAGAUAUCUCGCUAUUCAUAAAGACAAGAGGGCAACAAUGGCAAAUGUCCCAUCUGACCUGCAAUGUCUUUGUGAUGGUACGCUAUUUUUGCAAGAGCAGUCUGAGCGGUUCCACAUAUAUUUCUCAGAGCGAACAAUUCAGCUCAAUUUAUUUUGGUUUGACGAACAACAAAAGACUGCGUACUGCUUUCAGAAGGCAUGCUCUGUGGGUCUAAAUGUUCUGGUGGCGGAUGGCGUUCAUUCUGCACAACCCAAGGAAUUGGCAAGGAGUGGACAAUUGUAUUCAGUGCACGGGGUCUGUGGAAACGGCGUCGAGGUCCCGUUGGUAUACGCUAUUACAACCAAAAAGACCACGGCGAUCUAUAAGAAGAUUUUUGAAAAAUUAAAAGCGCUUUUGCAAAGUUUCGGAGCACGCGAGGAUCUCCGCAUAGUACUGGAUUUUGAAAAGUCUUCUAUAAACGCAGCCAAAAGGACAUUUGCCGGAGCGCAGCUGGAGGGAUGCUCGUUCCACAUGGCUCAGGCCUGGAACAGACGCAAAGAUAAAUUGGGACUUCGUCAAUACCUCUGCGGUAGGCAAUCAUUAUUUACCUCAGAAGGGCUGGUAUUUUUACCGAAAAGAUUGCGAGCACGUGUUCGAGCAUUGGAAGGACCACCCGUUCCCCGUGGACACGAUGCAUAUAGAAAAUGUGCCAGAUUUCUUAGGUAUCUGCGAAACACUUGGCUUUCUGGCAUGUACAAAAAUCUAUGGUGCAAAUGGAAGAAAUUUGAAAUGCGAACAACAAACCUCGCUGAGGCUUUCCACAGCUCAUUGCAAAAAAUUCAAAAUUGUGAUCACCCUCCUUUGGGCACCUUGAUUCAAGUCUUGAAAGAUUUAGAUUUGGAAGCUAAGUGUGCCCUUUAUCGCGCUGAAAGAAUGCCGCUUGAACGUAAGCGUUUGCGACGGAGAGAUGUGCUGAGGAGAGAGAAAAUCACAGCGGAGAUGACGAGCUUCGACCAUCGGCUGCGUAUGGGGCGACUACGAAAUCAUCAAGUAGAGAAAUACUGCAUACGAAUGGCUAGAUUUGUUUCUAAUAAAAGCAUUUAGUGAAAAAAGAUUUAGAG